CUACAUAGAGACAUUUACUUCUUCUUCCUCUUUCCCCCUCUUUCAUUCUACCCUCUGUACCCACUUUCUCUCUCCUCUCUCUCUCUCUCUCUCUCUCUGAAUUUCUUAAUAUGAAUUCUCAAAACCCAUGUCUUGUAGUUUUGAUCACAAUCCUCACUUCACUACUUGUAGCAAAAUCUACUACUGAUCAUGACUUCUCAUACUUUGAUGGAAAAUUCUGCUUGAACAAGGAUAUAGAAGACCAAAAGAACCUGACCUCGCUGCGGCGGAGGCCCACGGUGGAGCAACCGGACUGCACGACUUGGACGGCGGCAUGUUCCGAGGAGGUGCUCCAGCUCGCAAAGCAGCCGGAAAAUGUCCAGUGGCUGAAGGGGCUGAGGAGGAGAAUUCACGAGAACCCUGAGCUUGCUUUUGAGGAAUUCGAGACGAGUCGGCUAAUUCGCGACGAAUUGGACAGAAUGGAAGUCCCCUUUAAGUUUCCGUUGGCAAAGACCGGAAUCCGAGCCAUGAUCGGAACCGGUGGGCCACCUUUCGUCGCCAUCAGAGCCGACAUGGAUGCCCUCCCCAUUCAGGAAGCUGGUGAAUGGGAGCACAAAAGCAAAAAUGCUGGAAAAAUGCACGCUUGUGGGCAUGACGCGCACGUGACCAUGCUCAUCGGGGCAGCCAAGAUUCUCAAGAGUCGCGAACAUCACUUGAAGGGGACAGUAGUACUGCUCUUCCAGCCAGCAGAGGAAGCUGGUAAUGGUGCAAAACGGAUGAUCGGAGAUGGGGCUCUAGAAAACGUGGAGGCCAUAUUCGCGGUUCAUGUAUCUCAUGAGCAUCCAACCGCUAUAAUCGGAUCAAGGCCUGGUCCUUUGCUUGCAGGGUGUGGCUUUUUUAGAGCAGUAAUUAGUGGGAAAGAGGGUCGUGCAGCGAAUCCACACCGUUCUGUUGAUCCUAUGUUAGCUGCCUCGGCUGCUGUAAUCAGCUUACAGGGGAUUGUGUCUCGUGAAGCAAAUCCAAUGGACUCUCAGGUGGUGUCUGUGACUUCAUUCAAUGGAGGCGAUAAUCUUGACAUGGUACCGGAUACCAUAGUCCUUGGUGGCACCUUUAGAGCAUUUUCCAACACAAGCUUUUACCAAUUGCUAAGAAGAAUAGAGGAGGUUAUUGUAGAACAAGCCAGAGUUUUUAGAUGCUCGGCAACAGUUGACUUCUUUGAGAAAGAGUACACAAUUUAUCCUCCCACAGUGAAUGACGAGCACAUGUAUGAACAUGUGAGGAAGGUGGCUAUUGAUUUGUUAGGACCGACGAACUUCAGAGUGGUCCCACCGAUGAUGGGAGCCGAGGAUUUCUCCUUCUUCUCAGAAGUGGUGCCCGCAGCCUUCUACUACAUUGGCAUAAGGAAUGAAACACUGGGUUCCAUACACACAGGCCACUCCCCUCACUUCAUGAUCGACGAAGAUGUUCUCCCUAUAGGCGCUGCAGCUCACGCUACCAUUGCCGAGAGAUAUCUCAUUGAGCACAGAUAAUGCAGAGGGACUACCACCCUAGGGGAUAUUAAUUUUGUACUCCAGGUCAAGGAGGACGGAUUUAUAGGGACAUACUCCCACCUGUGUAGAGAGUAUUAUUCGUUAAUGUGAUUUUUAGCUCUUUUAGAUGUAUUAACUAAUAGUGAUUUGCUAUAUAGUUCAUUCUGUUCUUUCAUAGCACAAAACUGCAUCAAUCGAUUUGUAACAUAUUACUGUAAGUUUUAAGCAUAAUUCACCGAGAAUUAUGGUGUUCGGUGUUGCUUCUGCUAUCUGUAUGUAUAUAUAAUGUUCCUGAAGUUGUAUUUCCCUUGUGCAUAUAUUAUUUGUUGUAUCCUUUAAUUGAAUACUUAAGAUUUCUUGAUCUAUGGUUUAAUUUA